AUGAAGGAUCAUGUUGAUCCCAGGCUCGGCGCUUUCGACGUUGAUUGGUUAAGCCAGCCUCGACACGCGCCAGCGAAGCGGCUGGAGCGGCGCACGUCUCUGUCCCCCCUGGCGCAACUUCAGGAGUUUUAUCAGGUGCAGUCGGCGCAGGAACAGAGACCGCGGCAGGGGACGGGGGAGCGAAUGUGGCAGGGAACGGGGGAGCAGAUGCAGCAGGGGACGGGGGAAGGGAAGGGGGAGCGCGAGGGGAAGCAGCAGAGCCAGCUGCUGCUGAGUCAGCAGCGACAGUCAGAUCGCAACCAAAUCGGGGCGGUCACGCGGCUCGGUCGACGGUUGUCCAUCGACUUAGCGGAUGUCGCGGCGGCGAGAGCGGCGGCAGCCGCGGCGAAAGAAUCACCCUCGGCUCGUGGCUAUGAGACUUCCAACAAAGGCGGCGCCGCGACCGCCGGAAGCAGUCCCGCUGACGGCGGAGCGAGGAGGCUCCAUCUGUCGAACCGCCAGACGAGCGGAGAUUGGGCGGCGCAUGCUGGGCAGGGGAAGAGCGGCGCGCAGAAUACGCGCGCACAAGCGCAUGAGCAGCGUGGUCGGUCGCUUUCUCCCCUCGCGGACGCCUCCGGGAAAGACGAGCACGCGUCCCCCCGCUUGUGCGAGGGCGGAGCCAGCGGCGCAGACCCCGCGCAUGCCCAAUACUUUCCGCACAAAUCCCCACGAGCUGCCCGCCUUCCCCUUAGUUCCCCCCACCCUUCCGCGGAUGAGUCCGCUGGUCCGCCUAUCCCCACGCUUGACCCCACUCAAGCGGGGAUGCUCUUUUCCGCCGUUUUGCACCGCGGGAAAGCCGCCGGUUCGCCCGAGGCGGCGGCGUCGGCCGAAGCGCGGAGAUUCGCGCCGCCGCGACCGAGGUCGCGCGGAGAGAGGGGGGAGAGGCGGGAGGCGCACAAGGAAAAGACAGCGGCGCAGGGGGGAGCAGGAGUCGACCGGGCGGAAAGGGGGAUGAUGGAGGAAAGGAAAUUGCCGGGAAUAGGAAGGCGGGAACAGGCGGGAGGCAGGCGCUAUCGUCGGGUUUAA